AUGACAAAAAGCUGCUCCACACCUGGUCAAGCUUUCAGAACUGUGGCCUUCAGAGAUUGUUUUUUCACUCAUAUAAGAUCACUGUCAUUUCGUGAAUUAAGAGAAUAAAAGAGAGUAGGAUGGUGAAGCAAUCUAGAAACUGUUUAUUGUUGCUUUAUCAGGGUUAGUCCCCCUCGCCGAGUUCAGUUCCUGAUUGAGUAAGUGAAUUACAGGCAAUGUGCCUCCCUUCCUCUUUCAUUCUGCCUCGUUGGCGCCGACUGACACAUCAGGAGAAACCGGAGAAGCUGCUUCUUCAGCCAAGAUGUUCCCGUGCUGUUGGCUGGCUCUGGUGGCUUUAAUCCCUGUGACCCUGAGCACCAAUCCUGGGGUGAAGGUCAAGCUGACCGCAAAAGGCCUUGAAUAUGGCAGACAACUGGGGAUGGCGUCCAUCCAGAAGAAACUCAAAACCAUCAAAGUCCCAGAUAUGUCAGGCACCCAGAAGGUGCCUACCAUUGGCAAGGUCCGGUACAGCUUGACAAAUCUUAAAAUAGUGGAUGUGGGUUUGCCAAAGUCCACGUUGGAUCUGGUACCAGGGACGGGUGUCAGGCUGUCCAUCGAUAAUGCCUUCAUCAGUCUGCACGGAAACUGGAGGGUCAAGUACCUCCGAAUAAUAAAGGACAGUGGCUCUUUCGAUUUGAAGGUCAGUGGUCUCACCAUCACGACAAGCAUCGCCAUCAAGAGCGACGAGACAGGCCGUCCCGUGGUCAGCUCCGUCAACUGCGUGACCGCUGUCGGCAGUGUGAGCAUCAAGUUCCACGGCGGCGCCAGCUGGCUGUACAACCUCUUCAAAAAGUUCAUCGACAAGGCCUUACGAAAAGCACUGGAGAAACAGAUCUGCAAUCUGGUGGCCGAUGUAGUAUCUGAUUUGAACCUUCAGUUGAAAACUCUCAAUGUCGUAGCAAAGGUGGACCAGUACGCAGAUAUUGAAUACUCCAUGGUGUCCGCGCCCACAGUGUCAAAGGCCUCUAUAGAAUUGGGCAUGAAGGGGGAAUUCUACAACACCGGGAAGCACAGGGAGCCUCCGUUUUCCCCCGCUGCCUUUUCCCUGCCGCCCGAGACCAACAACAUGUUGUACAUCGGCUUGUCCGCCUUCACCGCCAACUCGGCGGCCUUCGUCUACAACACAGCCGGAGCCCUCAGCCUGUACAUCACCGAUGACAUGAUCCCACAAGGCUCGCCCAUCCGACUCAACACCAGAACGUUCGGCACCUUCAUCCCACAGAUCGCCAAGCGCUUCCCGGGCCUGAUGAUGAAACUGCUGGUGAGGACGGCGAAAAACCCCGUCGUCACGUUUGAACCCAACAACGCCACGGUGGAUGCCACUUGCACGGUGACGGCCUACGCCAUCCACCCCAACGCCACGCUCUCCCCUCUCUUUGUCCUGAAUUUGGAGACCAGCGUCAGCGCCCGAGUGUUUGUCAGUGGAACGAGGCUGGCCGGAGCUGUCAGCCUGAACAAAAUGGCUCUGACCCUGGAGACAAGCUACGUGGGAGAGUUUCCGGUCAGAGCCCUCGACAGCAUCUUCCAAUUGGUCCUCAAAGUAGUUGUGAUACCUAUACUGAACGUUCAACUUGCAAAGGGAUACCCACUUCCUACACUUGGGAAGAUGAAGCUUGUGAACACUCAGCUUCAGGUCCUGAAGGACUAUGUGCUGAUUGGGACAGAUGUUCAGUUCACGGGUUGAAUGGAAUUUCUGGAAGCUCCCAGGAUUCAUUUCUGCGGUGGGGCACGCCACAAUGAAGAUGCCACAGAGUUCAGCUGACAGUAAACCAUUCGAGAAAAAAAUGAUCUCAGAAAUACAGAUCUCAUGUUUGCAUUUGGAUCUCAAUUUCUUUUUUUAAUCAUAAUUGUUCCUCUCUUUAGACUUGUUUUCCUUUAAAUGUUAACCCAGAGCUGGUUUUCCACAUCAGGAGAGGGGGUUCACUGUUGUCACUUCAAUUAUAUAUUUUUUUAUAAAAUGCUCCUUCCAAAGC